GUGAACUCUGAAUCGGGAACCGGACGUCAAAGUAAGAAGAGGUUGCAGAAAGCUGCGCCGGAAAGGCUUCGGCAGCAAUGGCGACUUCAGAGUGAGAGGAUGGAGUCUGUCGACGAGUACUUGUCAUCGCCAUGCAUCACGGUGGGCGGUGAUGUCGAGAGAAAGCCGAGUGAUGGCGGUGUCAGCCAGAUCAGCACCGAUGUGCCUGCUGACGAUGCACCGAGCGAUCCCACAGCCGUUGGUCAAUCUCUACGUCGGCGUGGCAAGAGUUUUGGAGGGAUGCUCAACAAGCAGAUCCGUCCGCUGGAGCUUGCACCGGAUACCAAACCGUCCUUCACGGCACCUAAGCAUAGUCGGAGCUUCACCGUUACUGCUGCAGCUGACAAGAAGCCCUCUCUGCCCGGCACUCAGACUAGUGGUCCCGCCCCUGCGCGCCAUUCAAUCUCACUUGCCCUCACGAGCAACCCUUUCGUGCCGUCGGACGAGGACCUGCCGCAACAGAAAGCACAUUCCGAGCAGCUGGUCAGUGACAAAGAAGAGACCAGCGACCCCGAUCAAUCGUCCCGUAACCUCUCGACUUCAAGCGAAGAGUCUCAAAAACCAUCAUCCUCGGAACCCACUUCAACGCAAACUACGACUCCGACUCCGACUCAGUCUACGGUCCGCCUCAUCCCUAUCGGCGCUC